GGUCACACUACAAAUUAUUAAAGCCACCUGUUCCUCACCUCACUCAGUUCUGGUGGCUUGAGCAGAACAUUUACUGAGCAUCUGAAGCAAUGGCUGUUGUUAGCGGAUCAUUCCGGAUGGUGUCUGAGGAGGAGCAGGCCCUCAGGGCCAAACUGGAGCACCUCACGGUCAAAGAUCACGGGCCGGUGUUCGGACCCUGUGAACAAAUACCCGACCACACGGUGCAGAAGGCUAAAGAUGAGCUAAAUGAGACGGAUGAGAAGCGAGUGUCCGCCGUAAAGGAACUGAGAGGUAUUAUGAAAGAGAAGGCGGAUUCUGGAGAUGAACUUGCUAAAGGCGUUCAGGACACUUUUGGGGAAAAAGCCGAUGGCGUGCUGGUGAGGUUCAUUCGUGCCAGGAAAUAUGAAAUAAACAGGGCCUAUGAACUCAUGAAGGGUUAUGUGCGCUUCAGACGGGAUUACCCUGAGCUCUUCGAAAACUUGACCCCUGAGGCUGUCCGCAGCACCAUUGAGGCCGGAUACCCAGGGAUCCUGUCGAGCAGAGAUAAAUACGGCCGCGUGGUACUGCUCUUCAACAUUGAGAACUGGGACUAUGAGGAGAUCACCUUUGAUGAGAUCCUCAGAGCCUAUUGUGUGAUCCUGGAGAAGCUUCUGGAAAACGAGGAGACACAGAUCAACGGGUUUUGCAUCAUUGAAAACUUCAAGGGUUUCACCAUGCAGCAAGCCUCCGGCAUCAAACCUACAGAGCUGAAGAAAAUGGUGGACAUGUUGCAGGAUUCUUUCCCUGCCCGUUUCAAAGCAGUGCACUUUAUCCACCAGCCCUGGUACUUCACCACCACCUACAAUGUGGUCAAACCCCUGAUGAAGAGCAAACUGCUGGAAAGGGUGUUUGUCCACGGUGAUGAGCUGGAGAACUACUACAAGGAGUUUGACGCUGAAAUCCUGCCUUCAGACUUUGAUGGGAAAGGCCCGAAAUAUGAUGGCAAGGUCACAGCUGCACAUCUUUUCGACUGAGCACCUUUUUAUCUGUCACUGUACCAGAACGCGACAGUGUGUUGUUUUAGUCAUAUUGUAUUACAGAAUGAUCAAACGUGUUUUGUCUGAGAGUGAACUCAGCAGCAUAGAGAUUUCCCCGUUCCAAACAGCCAUCCUCACAGGACCAGUCUCCAGAUGUCAUCAAAGAGAAAUGGAAACAGAUAGGAUCUGGUAGUUCUCUGUGACGCUGCCUUCUAUAAAUGUGUUGUACAUUCCUUGCUAAUCUGCCGCAGGGCCGUUUCCAAAUUUACCCCAAAACAUUGAUAUUCUUUUGGAGUCCAGACUUUUCUCUUGUUAACUGAGAAUGUUAAAAGCAUAUUUACAAGAAUAUAUAAUGUUCCAAACUUUCUAUAUUAUAACAGUUAUGUUAUAACAGCAAUAAAGUGCACACUUGAAAUUACAACUUUAUUGUAUUUAAAGACAAUAAAUAAAAUGCAUUUGGAAUGUCAAACAUUGUGCUUUGAACAUGAAUUGCAUAAAGUGCUACAUCGAUCUAUUUUCAUGACAAAAAAAAGUGUCAAUAAAACACAAGGCAACCUGAAAGACUAUUCAAAAGAAAAUUAGGUCCAUUUUAA